GUAAAGAGACUUGCUAUUUAAUUGUUUUCUGCACUGCUGAAUCUCGAAAAUACUCUCCGGAUUUCAAGAAUCUCAAAUGCUUCGGUUGUUUUCAUCUGGGUCUUAUCUGUUUGAGUCAUUUUCAAAUCCCCCAUUUAUAAAAGCAUUGCAAGUUUUUACGCAUGCCACAUAUUCGACCAUUUGCCUAGCCCAACCUAAAGCUGAAAAGGAGGAUCCUGUAGAGAAACCAAAUAAUGCUACUGAGGUUUUAAGUAAAUGGGGUUGUAGUGAUGGUGAAUUGAUGAGAAUAUUCACCCGUUGCCCAGCUUUGCGCAAUGCUGAUGCUACCAAAAUCCAAUCAAAACUUGAUCUUCUGAGUGCUUUUGGAAUAGGGGCAUCUGAUCUUGUUAAGAUAGUCAAUUGCAGGCCCCGGUUUUUCCAGUCUCGGAUUAACCAAUCUUUCAACGAGAGGCUUGCCUAUUUCUUGUCAUUGUUCGAGACGAAGGAUUUGCUUACCAAAGCCAUUGUGAGAAACCCUUCACUUUUGGUCUAUGAUGGUAGAGUUGACAUUGAAGCUACCUUUGCACUGUAUGAGGAGUUAGGUAUUAAGAAAAGGGACUUGAUUCAGAUGAUCCUAUUGCGUCCCACGAUCAUUUCAAGGACAUCGUUCAACGAUGAUAAGAUGGAAUACAUACGCAGUAUAGGGCUUUCCAAGGAUUCAAAGAUGUAUAAGUAUGUGGUAACACUAAUAGGUGUGUCACGUGUGGAAACAAUUCGUGAUAAGGUUGCGAAUUUGGAGAAAUUCGGUUUGUCUGAGGAUGAGGUCUUUUGGCUUCUUGGGAAGUCCCCUCAUAUUUUGACAUUGUCAACUGACAAGGUUCAGAGGAACAUGACUUUCAUUCUGGCCACAAUGAAGCUCGAUGUCAAGGCAAUCUUAAGAUGCCCAUUGCUAUUGUGUAUUAAUAUUGAUACGGUUUUGAAGCCAAGAGUGCUUCUAGCAAUGAAGGUACAUGAGAUUGAUGGUGAGCAGAAAAUCAGGAGACCUCCGAUUCUUAGGGCACUCAGGAUGACAGAAGAGAAGUUUGUGAAUUUGUUUAUCAAAUGCCAUCAGGAGGAAGUUGCCAAUGAGUUAAUGGAAUUCUAUAGAAGAACAAAAAAUGUUAAGAGAUUAGCUGAGUCAUCAAAGAAGAGCGUUCGAAAAGGAUUUCCUUUCUGAAUUGAUUUAAUUUGGUUUCAAAAGUUUCUGAGCUGAUAUAUAUCCUUUUUCUGGUUCAUCGAGUUGGUUGAGAUUUUGUCCGUUAUUUGGUGUAGAUUCAUAUUUCUGCCUGUGUCUUAGAUUCUACUGACUAUAUUUCAUAUUUAGUACAGUUCUGUGAUAAACUCAAGCUGCAAAGCUUUGAACAGUAUUUGAAUAGAUGUAUUUCAAAGAGGUGUGUUAGAGUUACUAAAGGCAUUAUCCAAAAUGAGUCCGUGAUCGAAGUGUGCGAGUCUUGUUGCUCCUCGGCAUAAGAUCAAUUGGCUUGUUGGCUUAUCUAUGCUUGCGAAAGUGCCCUUUCAGCAGAUGGAGGCUGUCACACCUCAGCCUUGUCCUAACAAUCUGCACAUGGUUAGUAUAAACUAUAAACCUGUUGUUUAGUUUUCAUACAAAA